AUGAUGAGUCUGAGCUCGGGACCCCGCUCCCCGCGGCCCAGCCAGCCCUUCCCCUCCACCGGCCCGUCAGCGGGAUCUCCUGUCCUGGAGCUUAACGUGGGAGGCGAGUUGUACACCACCACCGUGGGCACCCUGAGAAAGCUCCCGGGUUCAAAGCUGGCAGAGAUGUUCUCCAGCUCCGCUAAGGCCUACACGGAUGCAGAGGGCCGCUUCUUCAUUGAUCGCCCUGGCACCUAUUUCGGACCCAUCCUGGACUACCUGCGCAGCGAGCGGCUGCCCACACACCACAUCCUGGAGGUGUACCGCGAGGCGCAGUUUUACGAAAUCAAGCCUCUGGUCAAGCUCUUGGAGGACACGCCGCAGAUCUUCGGUGAGCAGGUGGCCCGGAGGCAGUUCUUGCUGCGGGUGCCGGGCUACAGCGAGAACCUGGAGCUCAUGGUGCGCCUGGCGCGCGCCGAGGCGGUGGCGGCUCGCAGCUCCGCGGUGCUGGUGUGCGUGGUGCGCACCGAAGAAGACGCGGUGCUCUGUGCAGAUGCCCUGCGGGUCCUGGAGGCCGAAAAGAGGUCGGUGGUCAAGUUCGGCCCCUGGAAGGCGGCCCCGCAGGUCAAGGACCUCCUCGACUGCGUGAAGAUGGACAUUACGGCCCAGGGGUACCAGGUACACUAUGAACAGUUCUCAGAGAGGACGUUACGGGCCAAGCACUUCGGUUACUUUUACACAUUCGUCUUCAUCUGGUGGUGAUCCCCGGGGGGUGGGGGCGCGGGGACAGUUUGUUUCGGGUUCUGGUGCGACUUAUGAAAUUAA